AUGGGUAAGGGAAUAUUAAAGAAUGCCAUUGCGGACGCCUCGUAUCGGAAGGAGUCUCCGAACGAGCUGGCUGGAGAGACGUCGUUUGAUCGGAAGGCCGUUAUAGCCAAUACACUGCUGAAUGCGCAGGCGGGGAAGGCCCGUCCGGCAGGGACUGCCUUCACUACGAGGGAGAAGCAUGAUCAGGAGCAUCUUAGCGAGGAGCAGCUCAAAUGGGACGAGAAGAACUUGAUUAUCAAUGAGUUGGGCAAGUCUGCUACAAUGAAGAUCGACGAGCCAAAGACGCCUUAUGAGGGCGGGUUCGAUCCUAAUAACGACUACUACAGAGAGGACAAUGAGGAGGAAAAGGGAGAGGCCAUUGACGAGGACGAUGGGUUUGUCCUUGGAGAGGGGGAAGACGAUGCUGACGAUGUUGAGAAUGGAGAUAUAGAGAAGGUCGAUAGUGGUUCUGAGGAAUCGCAAGAAGAGUCUGCUAGCUAUCUUCCCGAUGCUGCCAGCAAACAUUCUAAAUUCGAGGAGAUGAGGAGAAGGCAUUAUCAUAUGAAGGCGCUUCCAUUAAAGAAGAAGGUGUUUGUUGAGGAAGAAGGAGAAGAACAAGACAAUAGCAACAAUCACAAUGAUAUCCAAGAUAACGAUAGAGACAAUAGAAAUGUCGACUAA